UAUUGCCAAGCAUAUCCACACCCCAUCUGCUAUAAAAGAACUGCAUCAUCGCCUUCUCAGUCUAAAGCUUUAACAUCAGCCUCAAAGAACUGAUUCAAAAUGCGUGAGUGUAUCUCUAUGCACGUUGGCCAAGCCGGAGUCCAGAUGGGCAAUGCCUGCUGGGAGCUCUACUGCCUGGAGCACGGGAUCCAGCCUGAUGGGCAGAUGCCCAGCGACAAGACCAUCGGAGGAGGAGACGAUUCCUUCAAUACCUUCUUCAGCGAGACUGGAGCUGGGAAACACGUCCCCAGAGCAGUCUUUGUGGAUCUUGAGCCCACUGUGAUCGAUGAGAUUCGCACAGGAAUCUACCGUCAGCUGUUCCACCCUGAGCAGCUCAUCACUGGCAAGGAGGACGCUGCUAACAACUACGCCCGCGGGCACUACACCAUCGGCAAAGAGAUCAUCGACCUAGUGCUUGACAGGACCCGCAAACUGGCUGACCAGUGCACAGGGCUCCAAGGCUUCCUCAUCUUCCACAGCUUCGGUGGUGGUACCGGUUCUGGUUUCACCUCCCUGCUGAUGGAACGCCUCUCUGUUGACUACGGCAAGAAGUCCAAACUGGAGUUUGCUAUCUAUCCAGCUCCCCAGAUCUCCACAGCUGUUGUUGAGCCCUACAACUCCAUCCUGACCACCCACACCACGCUGGAGCACUCUGACUGUGCCUUCAUGGUAGACAAUGAGGCCAUCUAUGAUAUCUGCCGCAGGAACCUGGACAUUGAGCGCCCAUCCUACACCAACCUGAACCGUCUCAUUGGUCAAAUUGUCUCCUCCAUCACUGCCUCCCUGCGUUUCGAUGGUGCCCUGAAUGUUGACCUGACAGAGUUCCAGACCAACCUGGUGCCCUACCCCCGUAUCCACUUCCCACUGACCAACUACGCCCCGGUUAUUUCAGCUGAGAAGGCCUACCAUGAGCAGCUGUCGGUUGCUGACAUCACCAAUGCCUGCUUUGAGCCGGCCAACCAGAUGGUGAAAUGUGACCCCCGUCACGGCAAGUACAUGGCCUGCUGCCUGCUGUACCGUGGAGACGUGGUGCCCAAAGAUGUCAACUCUGCUAUAGCUACCAUCAAGACCAAGAGAAGCAUCCAGUUUGUGGACUGGUGCCCCACUGGCUUCAAGGUGGGCAUCAACUACCAGCCUCCCACCGUGGUGCCUGGGGGUGACCUGGCCAAGGUUCAGAGGGCUGUGUGCAUGUUGAGCAACACCACCGCCAUCGCUGAGGCCUGGGCCCGCCUAGACCACAAGUUCGACCUGAUGUAUGCCAAGCGUGCCUUCGUCCACUGGUAUGUGGGGGAGGGUAUGGAGGAAGGAGAGUUCUCUGAGGCCCGAGAGGACAUGGCUGCCCUGGAGAAGGACUAUGAAGAAGUGGGAACAGACAGCGUGGGAGAUGAGGACGAGGAAGGAGAGGAGUAUUAAGAUGAAGACCAGUAUCCAGACUUGCUCUCCAUGCACUGCCAUUCAUAGUAAAGCUGUCAACAACAAAAUAUUUGUGCUGUGGACUUGUUGUGUUAUUUUCAAAGUUAUUCUUCAAUAUCUUAGCAUCUAUUCCUUUUAGAUUGUAACAUAACUAUAAACAUAUUCCAAAAUGCUCCCUGUUGCCACUGCUGUUGUAAUGUCUGGAGAAUAUUUUUGAUAAUAAUAAUAAUAAUAAAAAAAACACAACAUAAAA